GACAACGCUGGUGGUGAUGACCAGGCACAGGCACUUGGAGAUGAUUGGAUGGCUGGCGUGGAUGCGCUCUCUAUCAGCGACUCUCCCAUCGACGUCGAGAUGGAUGGCGAACCCGACUGUGGAAUGCAGGUGGUGGCAGUAGAGCACGACAAGAACGUUAUGUGGGCGUCGCAUGCUUGCAGGAACGUCCCAGAGUCCGACCUCGACAGUACUUCGCUGAAAAUCAGCAGCGAGGUACUGGAUGACGACCCACUCACAGGACGGAUCUCCGACCUUGCACGAGCGAUCGGGGAGAAUCGCAAGGACUACAGGAACACGCUACAUCUCAUGGCAGGGUGCGCUCUUCAGGUCUCGCAGGGCUUCGGAACAUCAGGGAGCCGCUGUGUUGCACAUCGGUCGCUGGGGAGGGCGUGCCUCGAUCCAGAUCUCAACGCACCCCUCGGCAGCCGACGUGCGACGCAGCGUCGCUUCGUUUUUCCGAAGCCACCGCAGGUCGAGCGAAACAUAUGGAAGCACACGGAAGAUCUAUUGGUCCAGUAUGCGAUUUCUUCGAGUACGUUUGAGUUCUUGUGUUAUGUGGAGUACGCCAGCUACGAUAGCACAGAUUUCGUAUUGCAGAGUACGCAGAAAGUGGUGGAACUACUUGACGACGAACGCCCUCUUGUUGCCCACGGCUCGGUGCCUGGAGAGCAAUGCGACGAAGCCGAAACCAUCGAGCUCGAGGAGACCACGGUGGGCACUAAGAAGGUACUGCAGAUGGACACCAGCGUAUUGUUAUUAGUCAAGAUCGACGGUAUCUUCGCGAUUUUACGGGGAAACUUGUUAUCGUGGCUCCAAGUGUGCGACAGAAAUUCGGCGGCAAACUACAAAGCAGCGCUUGCAGAAUAUUCAAUUGGGACUGCCAAUGCAAGUUCGUUCAGGAGGCGGCUUCGCAUAGCGUGCACUGACGGGUUUGGAUCGAACCUUAAAGUUGAGCGCCAUCUUUUGUCUGAGCGUGACAACUGGGCAGUGCUACACCUCCUAUGCCGUGUACACACAGUGGCUGGGUUUCAUUCCAAAGUUUACGACAUGCACGCGGCUGACAUAUCUGGGCUUGUAGCGACGUCUCUUCCCUUGAGGCUGGCUGGUCAGAUGAGUUUGUUCCGCAAGGCGGCCAGGAGGGUAAUCAGGGACACAUUGAAGAUUGCGCCAAGCGUUGUGCUGGACUCCAAGGCAGUUUCAUUCAGGAAGUUGGUGAUGGAUACUUUCUUGGACCGCUCUCCCGAAUGCGUGGCUUUACGACUGUUGCUUGAACGGUGUGCGCCAGGGGAUUGGAGAGAUACGCAGAAUUUCACUUACGUUGCGAGGCCGGACGAGACGCGAUCCGACGUCUUGCGAUUGUUAUUCAAGGAGUUCGUGCCAGCACUAUUUCCCAGGGCCCCGUUCCUAUUCCCUCGAAACAGGUGGACGGGGGCAGAGGUCACGUUUCGCGACGUCGGCCUGCCGAUGAACGUCUACGGCCUUUUCAACGACACCUUUGUUAGAUACCUGAGGGACGAGUACGGAGGCGAGCUUACCAGCGAUGAUCCAGGCGCGCACCCCGAACAUCCGCUGCCGCUGUUGGACGCGGAGGCUGUCGUUCCAGGUGAUCAGGAAGGCGCCGAAGAGCCAGACGACCAGGAGGGCGAGGGCCCAGAAGGCGACGCAGCUCCUGCGCCUGAAGCGAAGAAGCCCGACCACCCCCGAAAGGCGUUCGCCGAGCAGAACAAAGCCUAUCGGGGCUCAGCGCGCGAGUGGCUUGCCACGGAUCCGUCCAUUCGGGUCAUCUUCUUCAGGGCGGUCUUGGGGCCCAUCAAGGCGUUCUUGGAAAAGGAGUUGGAAAUGGCGAGCGAGGAGUGGGAGAUGAAGCAGGACGCUGCCCUCAUCUCUUCGGACGGCAACUCGACGGUCUUGGGGGGGAGGGAGUGGCCUUUGAUGCGCGUGGCGAGGCAGACAUUGGAGGACCAGUGCUUUAAAGACAUAGAGGCGGUGUCGAAGUUUCUCGAGCUGGACUGUCUGACAGCGGAAUACAUGACGCUCGAGAACCAGACGAAGCUGUGCAGGAUGCUCUCCAGGGAAGGGUGUUGCACUCAUCAGUUCGGGACCGCGAUUGGUAAACAGUUUCCUUUCAGGUUGUUCUUGCUGCUCGACGAUCCAACUUUGGCGGCGGACAUCGAGGCUUCGUGCAGGUCGAGCCGUGAUCAGUUCAGCGACAAUUUCAUCGAAUACUUCAAGGAUAAGCCAGGGGGGCUGACGAGCGACGAAGCUUUGCACGAGUUGAGCCUUGUCGCGAUGGCUUCCAAGACGUCGACAGUGAAGCUGGAGACUCAGAAUGCGCAGCUCAGGAGACAAGUGCUGGCCACGUCGUUGCAGUCUAAGAGGCCCGAGCUGAGCAGUAUCAGCUCCAGGUUCAUGCUGAGGAGGGCGUCUACGAGAGAGGAUCGGAUUCUGAAGCCCGCAGGGUGCUUCAAGAAGGGGGGGCGGAAGCCUGUGCGCCGAGGCGCGAGCGCCCCCGAGGCCGAGGCUCCAUCGGCAAAGAGGGGCGGAGGGGGGGCUCGGAGAGCAUACAUCGCAGCUCGCGCCAAAGUCGUAGGGAAGGUUGUCCUGCAGGUGGCGGCGGCUGCCUACCGAGCGCUCUCCCCAGACGAGAAGGCAGUGCACGAGCGGGAGGGCAGACUUGGCACCCUCAUGCACAAGGCUGGUCACAAGUCCUUCGGCACAGUUUCGAAGGAGCUCGCCGCAGUGAUGAGCACCCAGGUCAGGCGGCGCAAUGCAGAACAGCAUUUGCAGGCGAGUCGCAUGCCAGGGCGCGCAGCGAGCGCCCAUGCGCUUGCUCUCCCACUCGACGACGUCACGAGGCACGUGCGCGAGCUCAAGGCAGAUCAGUACUUGCUCAGGCGCAUCAAGAAGCGCGCGCCCCACGAUACAGCCAUGCAGUUAUCCAAAUGGAGGGCGACCAAGGGCGCGACACAUGUGAACGAUUUCAUUUCCAAGCUCCCGUUGAUGGCUCCUCUGGUAAACGGUCUCGUCGCUCGGCCUCAUUCUGGCGGCUCCUACGUCCUGGAGUAUUUCUGCCCCGUCAGGAAGAUCAUCCCCAGGAUGGUGGGUUUACUUGGUCUAUUCGAGUACGCAACGGUCAGAGAGAAUGUCAUCGGCUUCUUAGCAGGACUGCACACAGAGAAGAAAGAUGCCUCUCAAACAACUUUCGAGGAGCCCAAGAAAAAACUUACUGGGAAACCAACGUGUCUCGAAGCUGGCGUGUGCCUGUGCGGAGCCAAGGGGGACCUCAUUUUCAAGUUCAAACGUUGGGUGGAUAGUGGAAUCAAGGCCUAUUGCAAGGAUGCUUCUGUCAAAAGUGCCCUGGCGGAUGGCUACCUAGUUGUCGCGAUUCAUCACCAGCCAGAGCAGGUGAGUGAGAUCAGCGCCGACGCGGGGGAAGGCGCAAGUGACGAGGGCCCCUUGGGCGAGUUUAAGACUUACCUCCAUGUCGGUAUGAUGUACUUCUCACCGUAUAGGCCAACUUAUCGCCAGUGCACGACCGCGGAUAAUGGCCUGUUAGAUGAUGGCUCAAUCGUGCUGGAUUGCUUGGGCGAUUACCUGACAAACUACGAGGUAGCCUCCAUGUUGUACCUGUACUUUUCAAAGCCGAGCACUUGCUGGAUGAGCCCGUCGAGAGCAAACACCGACGAGCCAGCCCUGAGUGACCACGGUGAGGACGUCCUCUCAGACAACGUGGAUAACAUAUCAAUCCAUUGCGGAGGAGAUGACGGUGGAGAUGGAGGCGACAACGAGGACGGUGACGGCGGGGGCCCGAGCGGAGGUCGGCCUCUCGGGGCCCUCAUGGCGUGGCUGAAGCAGAGCACGGAGCCUUUCUGCGACACGCAGGCCACCCACGUGCAUUUUUGCCCUUUGCCGCUUGCGCUAAGGCAAGCGUCGCGCGACGAGCUGCGCGCAAUGCCUGGCAGCGACUUGCUGUUCAGGUGCGAGCGUGCGCUCAGGCUCCACGAGCCAGACGAGCCGCUGGAGCUCGUAGUGCCCCAAUCGCAAUGCGUCAAGUACCAGAAGCACUGCCUGUGCAACGAGUGCGUGGAGUUUGCCGAUGAGUCUGGCUACGAACCGAAAGUGCUGGCAACGAUGAAGGCCAAGGCGCCAGGAAAAUGGAAGGAGAAAAAGGCAACCAAAGAGGAGUGGAAGGCUGGCAAGCAGAAGGCCGAGGACACGAGGGGCUUCCCCACUGAGGAAGUCUACGAGGAGACGGUCCAGGAGAGCUCCUUGACGGAGGAGUACACGUUCCAGCCCCGCGACGACUUCAAGGAUGAGCACGGCUGCUUGCCAGACCAGGCGAAGGUGAUGACUUUGCGCGUGACGAACGCACAGGGCGAGGACUCCUUCGGCGUGGUGAUCUUGCAGGACGCGGUGAAGCCCCCGACGCUGGUAGUGAAAACGACGAGGAGGCUCGUCAGGAGGACGCCUGUUAUGACGAAGGCCAUGCACUACUACAAGAGCCAAGCUUCCACCCUCUUCGAGAACAUGUCGGCUGAUCGGGCGCGCGCGUUCGGCCAGAGGUUCGGGAACAAGUACCAGCCGAAAUCCAAGAAGUUCACCGCCUACAUCAGGGAUAAGAUCAGAAUGCUCGUCAAGAAGAACUUGGCGAGGCCCAAGGGCUUGCGCCGCAUGGUGCGCGACGGCGUUGCAGGUGGCGGCUCUGCUUCGGAUGGGGCCUCCAGCGAUGCAGGGGGCGGGGGUGAAGAAGAACCAUCCAGCGGCGCCGCCGCAGCGCAGCUGGCAGCUAGCGCGGCGUCGGCGGCGGCAGCGCCGAGCCACAGCCCAGAGGAGGUGCCAGAAACGCCUAAGGCAGCGAGGAGCGCGGCGGCAAGGGUGGCGGACAGUGAGGCCAAGGCUCAGGCCCCUCAGCCCUCGCCAGGGGCUAGCCCGAGCACGAUAGGGCCGCCGCCGAAGAGGGCCAAGUCGGGCUCGUUGGCCGCGCCCUCGGUCGCCGAGACCUGCGCUGGUCUGACGGAGAGAGAGGGCCGCUUGAAGCCGCCCGAGUACUGGCACGAAACCCUCACGCCGUCGAAGGUGUUCGCGGGCAGCCCCUUGAAGAGGCAGGCGGGCUGGGCGAGGGACUGCGUCAAGCGCGUGGCGGGCCAGGGCGAGGCCGUGAAGGCCAACCACCUCGAGGAGCACAUCGACCGCAUCGACAUCUGCAUGCAGCUGAUGAUAGACCUUGGCAAUGAGACGACGACCUUCGACGACCUCAAGUGCAACUUGCAGAAGCUAGCGGCUGCAAAGGUCGAUUUCGAUUCGAAUAUCAAGAGCAAGCUCCUGGGGAAGAGAUUGUACUCGUCGAUUAUAGCAUUCUCGUCGGGUGACGUGGGCGAUGCCUGCAUCGCCGAUAUCGUGGAUACCGUGAUGCCGUUCAAGUUCGACAAGACUGUGACGGCCGACGGGGAGAUGGUGGAUGGCGAACUUGAUGUGGAGAUGAUAGCCACCGAGUACCAGGAGUUCGACCCCAUGAAUGUCCCUAUGUCGACCAUCGGUGGUACGAUGCAAUCCAGGGCCGCGCUGCUCUUGAACGUGCUCUUGAAGGAGAUCGUCCCUGCGACGCUGAAGGUGGACGAGGGCGGUCAGGCGGCAUCGGCUCGCCUGCGCGGGGCCAUGCUGGACCACUUCGAAAAGGCCGUGGAGGACUUACCCGAGGUCCCGCCCGAAGCCAUGGACUCGCUGAAGGUGCUCCGCGUCAUGUGCGCCGUCUGCGACACCACCUGCCAGGUGGACUUCGAGACCAUCGAGGAGUUCUUCUUGCAGCAGGAGAGAAAAUGCAAGGGGGGGCUCGCGGACCUGGGCGUGCUCCUGAGGAUGAAUGACGACUGGAAGCCAGUCUACGACAUGAUGAAGAGCACCUUGCAGGACGCCAAGAAGUUGAUGCCGAAGAUGUUCAAGCAGGCCAGUGCGUUAAGAGACCUCCAGAAGAAAGUGGCAACCAUCGCGCUGCCCAACGAAGCCAUCAACGAGGCCUUCGUCAUCAUCAAGACCGGCCGCGAGCUCUUGAGGCCAGGCUCAGGGCACGUGUUGGAGGUCGCUUGCAGCGGGCUACUCGGGACGAUCUACGAUGCGAUGUUCGACAAGGGCGGCGUGGUCAAGGGGGGGGCUGACUACAGCAAGGACGCGCUGGUGGCUGCGGAGAUCAUGUUCAAGGAAGGCGUCAAGCUCAAGGCCAUGAACGAGGAGUUCGGCGAGAGGGCGACGCACGACAUCCAGGCCGUGAUCGAUCAGAUCGGCGCGAAACAGCUCAUCGAUGACAUCAAGCAUCACUUGGCAGGUGGCGCCAAGGACGACACGGGGAAGGUCGACAUCGAGAAAGUGAGAAUCAUCAGUGGGGAGUUGGAAGCCGUCAAUGAGACCUCGCUCGACGACGUUGCCAAGGGUGAUAUCCAGAUCUUCUGCGAGGACGUAUGGAACAACAUCAAGGCCGACGAUGCCACGGGCACGGCAGCGAUUGUAGAUCUCCUGGUCGGCAUCGCUGAGUUCACGGACGGCGGGAUGAAGAACACCUUCAAAGCUUUCUACGCGGCCUGCGAGGCGAAGUCCAGCCAGGCUGCGCACGCCGCGCUCUCUGGCGAAGGCGAGUCCACCGGCGCCGACGAUACGGACCCGAACAAGAUGCAGGCCAUGAAGACCCUCCUCUUGAAGAAGCUGGAGCUCCAGAAUGCCGCGGACACCAUUGGCCAGGCCAACAUCGAUCCGCGCAUCGCGGCCGCGGUGAACGAGGUCAACGACUACGUGACCACCAGCGCCGACAAGGCCAUGACGACGACAGAGACGCAGCUCGGCAGUCGGUUGGAUCUCGCUCAGAAGUGGGCCAAGGGCGGUGCUGAUGGAGAAUCGUGGUGGGAGUCCGUGAGCGACGCUACUGACCUCGACGAGGUGCUCAGUAAGGGGGCGACCACCGUGUGCAGCAGGAAGUCGGACAGCUACAAAGAGGAGAUCGACGCCAUCAGAACUCUUCAGAAGGCAUGCGAGGAGACCGCCAGCUGCUUCACGAGGAUGGUGAACCCAGACAUCAAGAAGAAAGCGACGGAUAUCACCAAGAGCCUCGCGCAGUCUAACGUCGAAGGCCUGCUGUGCACCCUCUUCGCGACGAAGUACACGAAAGAGGCGCCAAUGCGCCUCAAGUCGUACGUGGCCGGCGACGGUGGGUGCGUAGAUGCCCGACGGGGGUCGCCAUCGCCCAUCCGCAUCCUGUACUUCCUGGUCGGCGACGCCGUCGGCGCCAAUGGGGCGGCAGCUCGCCGAGUCUGCAAAUAUUUGCAACAAUUGGAGACGGAGUUGGGGUGCCUGAUAUGUUUAGUGCAGAUAAAGUGCGCUUCGCACCAGAGCAACCUGCGCGUCCACGUCGCCGUGGUCGGGGGGCUUGUGGCCAAACCUGCUGAAAAUAAUCCGUUGGCUGGGACAUGCGUGCGCUCUCUCCGCUACCUUCUCAGCGACUACUUGGAGGAAUUUGCACCUGCUCUUCGCCGUUUUGUCAUCGAUAAGCUUUGCGUCAUUCCUCCCGACACCGAGGCCGGGGUGGCCGCUGCCGGAGACGGUGGCCAGCGCAACAAGCAGUUGCAAUUGCUAUACGGUGCGCAGGCUAUUCCUGGCGAGUCGUGCGAGUUCUUCAAUGCUGGCGUUGGCGUAUUCGCCGCCGUCGCAGCUGAGCCUCCGGGCGCCGUGUUCGCACUACUCCGCUUCGUGCUACCCGGCCUCAAGCAAGAUGGUAUAUUCGUGUUAAACAUGGCGAAGCCCCAGGAAGAUAACCGGGGGCGGUCGAAGUCCGCGCGGGCGUUCUUGACGCGCCCAGACUGCGGGCAGUUGCUCCGCAAGGCGGCGCCAUGUCUGAGGCUGACCCAGCACGCCGCGUCUAUCACAGGGCAAAGCAGCAAAAACACGGCCGUGCAUGGCAAGCCUCUGCUGCUGAGGCUGGCCCAGGGCGAGGUCCUCCAGGACGCCGGGGCGGACGCGCGCGCCGGCGGCCGCGAGUUGCAUCGCAUUGCGGCGCGCCUGUCCCGGGCGUCAGGUACCGAGGCCACUUUACGGAUAGAGGCGAUGGGCCCUGUUGAGAUCGACGCUGCUCCCGAGGGCGACGCGGGCGAGAUGGGUGCAUCGCCGCCCCCCGGCAAGGGGGAGUUUGGCGGCGUCGGCGAGGAAGUGUGGGCGAGCGAGGCUAGCGAUAUAGCGACCCUGUGUUCCGAUCCUGAAACCGCCGCGGAGGACAUCCAGGAGGGGCCCCGCGAGGACGAGGGCCAGGAGGGCGACGUUGCGAGCGAGGGGGCGCGGGACAGGGCUGUGAAGGCCCCGCGCUCCUUCGGGAAGAAAAACUCCGACUUCGCGGGGGCCGAGAACGACGAGCAACAAAUCCCAGCGUGCAUGAGAGCUGCCGCCAGCUUGCCAGCGGGCGCCAGGGCGACCCCGAACUUGCCCAGGACCAGCCGCGGCACGGCAAGCACGAGCACAGAGGUGAACGUUGAGCAUUGGGCACAGCGCAAGACGCGCCUGCCUGUCGUUCCCGAAGCUGCCAAGGCGCACUUGGCCGAUGCUGAAACGAUCCCCAAUCUACCGUCGAACGUGGGUCCUGCGAGCGGGAUCUGGCUCUUCGACAAGCAGAUCAAUAAUGACCCGUCGGUGAAGAUGCUGGACUUGGGCCCGGAGUGGUUCACCGCCAAGGCGAAGGCUGCCAACGAGGUUGAGGUCGACGCCGGCGCUGGCGCUUUGGCGCUGCCUGGCCCGGAGGCGCGGCCAGAACUGGAGGCCGAGAGACCAGCGCCUGCGGCCAGUGCCGACGGCGCGGGGCUCGCGGGCGCGCCGCCUGCCGGGAGAGGGCGGAGCCUGGGCCAGCAGUGGUGCGAGACUGAAAUGACGGGCGAGGAGGUGGCGCGCGGCAUGUUCGAGGCGGCGGCGGCUUGGUUCACGCAGCACGUGACCGAGGUGGCGAAGAGGAUAAGCAGUGGCAAGAUUUGCCCGGAGCCAGCGCCAGAGUACAUGUUCAAGUUUUAUUCUGGAGCCCCGAAGUUGUUGUUGAACGCAGAUGGUUCGUUUGGCGCAGUGCAACACUUCAGCAAAGCCUUCACAGAUGCAGUGGGUGCGCGGCCCACCGUCGUGCCCAGGGUGCCCCUGCAGAUGCGCGCGACGGCGUCAACGAAGCUCGAGGAGACGGUGUCCUUGACCGGUGCCGAGAUCACCGAUCUGCAGAAGGCUCUUCCAUGGGCCUCCUGGGAAGUGUUGCGCGAAUCAGAAUUUUUCGCCGCUUUCACGGCAACGGGGAACGCAGCGCUCACGAAUAACAUCAAGUCAAGCGAAGGCCUGUUGAAUCGCCCUCAGAUCGUUGCUUCUCUGCUGUCUCAGGCCGGCGAGGGCGCGGGCGAGGAAGAUGAGCUCACCCUCGUUUCCACGCUCCUGGGUCCGAUCAGCCAGAAUGACAUCCUCAGCCUGCUGUUCUCCAAAGGCGACGGCAAUCAGCGCGCCAGGGCGUUCGACCGGGUGCGCGCCUGGUUCCCGAGCUGGACCAAGACUGCUGCCUGCGGCCCCCUGUCGCUGGAACCCCUGGACCUCGCGUCGAUCUCUGGCAAGGACGCCCUGAAGGCGGCGAGCUUCGUGGCGGCAGAAUGCGAGGGCCUGCAGAUGUGGGUGAACUGCGUGUUCUUGGAUCUCGCAUCCCUGAGGCGCGGCCUCCAGGCAUGCGAGGCGGCCCCGCCGCCUGUGCACGACCCGCGCGCUCCGCUGCACGACUGCGUCGCGCGUGCCGGAGGGGUCGGCCUGGGCAAGGCCCUCGCCAGGGCCGAGAAGGACGACGCGCGGGCGCGCCCCCGGACCCUGCAGGCGCGGGUCGCGGGCCCGACAGCGACGCCGGGCCCGACGGCGGCCCUGGGCAACGAGGAGAUGGCCGCGGCGGGGCCAGCAGUCGCGAGGGCGCAGCAGCCGCCCGAGGCGGGCCCGACGGCGGCCCCGGGCAACGAGAAGGCCGCGGCGGAGCCAGCAGUCGGCGGGUCUCUCGUGGAGGGCGCCACCGUCACAUUCAGCCUCGCGAAGAAUCGGUUCGGCAACUGCAGGGGCGAGAUCAAUCAGGCGAUGAGCAACGGCAGCCACUGCGAGGCGCGCCUGCUCACCGGGGCCCACGCAGGCGAGGCGCGCGAGUUCGCCGAGGGCCAGGUGAAGGCGGAGGCGCCGAGCGGCGGCCCCUCGAGCGGCCUCGCCGCGCCUGCGGGGGCCGGCAGCAAGAGGGGGUCGCUGGCGCGGCGCUGGUGCGUCGACAGCCUCUCCAGCGGCGUUGACCGCGACGCGGCCCGACGCUAA